AUGGCUCCCAGUCGGCCAGAGAACAAAAAGGAGUCCAGUCCUGGCUCACUCCUCAGCGACGCAGACACCCAGUUCGAAGUCGGCAACCUCGACGAAGCCAUUGCGCUCGCUUCCAAGGCGUUGGAGUCGACUGGCCCCGGAGGUGAUUUCGAGCUCCGGGCGGUAAAUUUGCUGGGUACCCUGUUCGUGGAGUCGGGCGACGUUGAAGAAGGACGCGGCUACUUUGAGCGAGCCAUCAAACUGGACCAAGAUGGCAUGGUGGACGAAAAAGUCGGCGGUGGACCGGACAAGUUUCUCUUCCUGGCACAGCUGAGCGAAGACGGUGGACAGGACAGCGUGCAAUGGUUUGAAAAGGGAGCUUCGGUGCUGCGAAAUCAGAUCCAGAACCUGACUGACCUGGCGAGCAAAACACCCGAGCAGCAGGCCACCCUCGACGAAAAGCAACAAAAGCUGGGCGGCGUGCUGUGCGCCGUAGCAGAGGUAUACAUGACGGAUCUGUCUUGGGAGGAGGACGCCGAGCAGCGGUGCGAGGCCCUGGUGACGGAGGCCAUGAUGAUUGCGCCUAACUCUGCAGAGACGUGGCAGACGGUGGCCAAUGUGCGCAUCUCACAAGAGCGCGUGGGUGAGGCGAAGCAGUCACUCAAGAGGAGUCUCGAGUUAUGGCAAGACUUGCCCCCCGCUCAUCCUGAUAUCCCCGCGUUCCCAACGAGAAUUGGUCUCGCUCGUCUGCUGCUGGAGACCUCAAUGGAAGAGGAGGCACUCAAGGUGUUGGAGCGCCUGGUUACCGAUGAUGAUCAGAGUGUGGAGGCGUGGUACCUGGGCGGGUGGUGUCUGUACAUCUCGGGCGAGAAGCAGCGAGACGCAAAGGGUCAACAGAAUGGCGACGCAAGCGAGGAGUGGAAGUCUACGUGGUCAACAGCGAGAAAGUGGCUGGCACAGUGCCUGAAGCUGUAUGCCAUGCUGGACUAUGAGGAUGACAGGCUAGGCGAGCAUGCAGUCGAGUUGUUUCAGGGGAUUAACAAGGAACUGGGUGAGAUGCCCGAGGGUGAGGAGGAUGACUGGGAUGAUUCAGGGGAUGAGGGUGAUGACAAUGACGAUGAUGAGGAGAUGCAGGGGUGA